GACGUCAAACGUGAGCGACGGGCUCCAGUUUGUGUAUCGGUUGUUGAGCUAACAGCUGCACCGAUUGUGUUUUGCUUUGGUUUUGCCUCCCCCAUGUGCGCCCGUCCCGAGGUAAGACAUACGACCGUGUCCGCUCUCUCAUCAUGUGCUCAGCUGUCAGCCGCUUCACCUCCAGCUGCGCUAGCCCGUUAGCUCCCAGCAGCUAGCUCCAUCGCAAGAUCAGCACCUAAUGUAUGCGGAAUGCGCAACCAUUGCGGAUGUGGUGCAGAAGAAAAUGCGCAUCGAUGCGACAGAACACAGGAGUCAACAGCACUGAGAAAAGCCAGCAUAGUUUAUUUUCCUCUCUUUCUUUAAAUGCUACCUAGUUGUAAGCAGUGUUAUGUUUUGUUGUUGUAUUACAGCUCUGAGGGCGAUUCUCAGCCUGGAGGAUGCAUCUCACUGUGCCACAGCUGGACGUGUAGAUGUAGCUCCUAGACAGCUCCAGAUGUUUCCACACUGUGUGUGUAUGUUUCCAGUAACAUAUCAGUAUAAAUGAAGAUGGUAGAAGUGGAUUGAAGUGGCUGCAGCUGGCCAUACAAGUCUCUGGACUCCAUGCCCUAGUCAGACAAUGUGUCUCCCAUUAAAGCUGCAGCAAUGACUUGAUUCCUUUGAAGAACAGCGUUAAAAUCCCAUUAUUUAAGGAUACGUUAACUCUGUAUUUCCUAUGAAAUCACCGCAUAGUGUGUGUGGCAGCUGUGCCCAGAGCAAGUUCAUAAUUAUCUGAUACAGUAUACUGAAGAGUUGUAAUGUCUUUAGCAGUAGGUGCAGUUAGACCUUGAACUCGUGUUAAUGGGGCAACAGCUGCCAGUAUCAGAAUUGGCCGGCCAGUCAGUUCUGCUGUAAAUCAGGUCUGACCCAUGACUGAGUACUACGAGGAGGGGGGGCUGCUGUACGAGCAAUCACCUCCCAUGCACAUCAAAGUGGAGUCUCCGGAGGGACCCUUUGGAGGGGGAGCCUCAGAAAACGGCUUCCCCAGGGAGGAUGAGGACUCGGAGGGCAGCUGUGACCAGAGCAGUGGAUUACCUGGGGGACUCCCCUUCAAUGUGGUAGUGGUGCACCCGAACAUCAUGGCACCCGGCAUGUCCUCAGACGACCUCUUGUCCAUUGAACAAAACAGAGCUAUGUCAGCUGCGCUGGCUGCUGGUGGUGCAGGAAAAAGAAAGAGUCGUUUCAGUGGGGCAGAGCUGGAGGUGUUGGUGUCAGAAGUCACCCGGUGUGAAGGAGAACUCUUUGGUCCUGCGGGGAGGCUCCGGCGGCGGGAGAGAGAGCGCAUCUGGGCAGGAAUCCUAGAGAGAGUCAACGCUGUGUCUAGAGUCCCACGCACUCUUCGAGAGGUCAAGAAGCGCUGGGACGACUUGAAGAGACGCAAUGGAGGAAGGCUAGCAGAUGCCCGCCACCGCAGCUGUUACCUGCCGUCCAGCAGAGGGGCCUCGAUGCUUGGUCGUCCCUCGCAGACGAGCCCCAGGCUUCAACAAGCCAGGCAAAAGCAAAGCACCAGACCAAAGCCCAGUUUCCCAUGCUUCCCUGACUCUGAUACAGGUGUAGGAGUGGAAGGAUCAGAGAGAGAUGGUUUGGAGAAGGAUGAGGACAAUCCUGAGCGUGAGAGAGACAUGGGAGAUCCUGAGUGUGAAGCAGACAACAGCAUGGAGGACAAACUGGGAUUAGGACUUGGUCUGGGCAUAGGACCACCUCCUCCAUCAGAGCGAUGGCUGCCUCCUUCCCCGCUUUACAGUGCUCCUUUCCUCAAUGGCAGCCCUCAGCCCAGCAGCCCUCAGCCAUCACUUGGAGCACAGCAGGGUCCUCUUGAAGCCCCUCUGCGCAGUUCCUGGCUCGAAGAUGAGCUACGAGGGUUAGGGGAGGCAGCGAUACAGCUGGGAAAUCGGGUAGAAAAGAGUCUGCGGGAGUUUGGUGAAGGUUUCAGACAGGACAUGAGAACACUUGUCGCUUCACAAGAGACAUUAGCAGUCAGUCUACAACAAAACAAUGUCCUCUUGCAAAGGCUGUUAGGAGUGCUCGAAGCCCAGCAACAACCACAGCCACAGCAACAUCGUGUACAACAAGCACACCAAUCACAAACAUCUCAACAGCACUUACAGCCACAGCCAGCUCAGCAGCAGCAGCAGCAGCAGCAGCAGCAGCUACAACACUUAGAACCACAGCAGCAGCCGCAACAACAACAACAACAACCGCGGAUUGAAGCACCACUGCAACCACAACUACAACAUCAGCAGCAGCCACAUGUAGUACAGCAACAGUCCCAGCAGCACCAAACACAAAUACAGCAGCAGCCACUGGUCACUCAACAUUCGAAUAACCAGUCGGCUGCAGCAGCGGUACCUGCACCAUCGUCCCCCGACGUACAUGGCACUUUUCCCUCUGAUCCACCCGCAGAUGCAAAUGGAGGUGUGCAGAGGCCACGGCGAGGAAGAGCAGGUGAUCACAGGCGCAGAAGACGGCGCUGAGGAGAAAGUACUUAACUUAAAAAGCGCACAUCAUGAAUAUGUGGUGUUUCAAAAUGUGACAAGAAAUGAAGCUCUUUUUCUAUUGACAGUAUUUCUGUAUAAAUAAACAGUUAUUUGGAGUUUUACGUCGCGCUCCAAAUCCGUAAUCCAUCUCACACUUGACUGUCUUCAGAGAGGACUGAAGUGGAUAGGACAAUUAGACACAAGAGAUAAUAGGGUGGCCUUAACAUUAGCUUGGUUCCUCAGACAAACGUACAUAUUCCUGUGCUAAAAGACUUCCUGAAAACAGUUGUUCUGUGGAGUGACAACUUCACUGAUGAGACUUUCGAUCCCCAGAAAAACAACAUACUGUAGGUGCUGAUGUUUAAUAUGCAUGUCACUGUACAUGCUUUGCAGCAAUUCUACUGACACACUAACGACAUUGUCAUAAAGUACUUGUAAUCUGCAGUUGUUACCAUAUAUUGUAGUUACACAGCUAUAGUAAUUACCUGCUAAUGUAUGCUUGUGCUUUUUUAACAGUUUCCUGGUACAUACUUUUCCAGCUUUGGUUGGACAAUAAAGUUAGACUGCGUUCUGUUCAGUGUGUUUUGAGACAAAAAUGUUACAUUUUAAAGAACUGACGUUUUACAUCACAGUCAUAUGUUUCUGGUGGAAUUAAAAAGCAUACUUAAGUAUGUAGGGGCUAUUUAUUAUAAUCUUGCAUGCAGUAUGAUGGAUGUGUUUGUAAGAUAGUUGCAAAGAAACAGCAUAUGGCCAUCAUCUACGUAGUUUUGCACAGCCUAUAUUUUGUAGAUAGCUACUGUUCCAUUGAAAUGUAACUAAACUUUAAUAAAAGUCAGACAUGGACUGCAAAUAAA